UCCAGUUUAAAAUGCCACCGCGCGCCUGUAGCUCGCUCGGUGGAAACGCAAUCCAAGCGUUAAAUGAGUCACGCGCACCGCUACCUGGGCGCGCGCGCCGCGUCCUGCGGUCCGUCAGGUACCUGAUACACCGGCGCUCGAGCCUCAGGAUGAUUAACGACCUGCAUUACUGUGCGGACGCUGCUGCUGCUGCGCGCGUGGAUCAGUAAAAGUCCGUCUUUCCGUGUUGUUUGUUGCCGUUAUUUCUCUUACCGGAGGCAUGCAGCGGUGCGCUCCUCGCGCGCUCCUCUCUCUCACCUGCCUGGCAGCGUGUCUCCCGGGACACCGCGCGCUCGGCGUCUCCAACGGCUCCUCGCUGCACGAGCUGCUCGCGCUCGCGGAAGCCGGUUCGAACGGCUCGAGCCUGUACGCGCUGGACGACGGCGCGCUCGCGGACUGGCGCUCGCUGGCGGGACGGAAGCGCGAGGGCGCGGAGAGGGAGCACGCGGCGGUCCGGGCGCUGCUCAUCUUCAGCUACUCGGUGAUCAUCGUCGUGUCGCUGUUCGGUAACGUGCUCGUGUGCCACGUGGUGAUGAAAAACAAGCGCUCGCGCUCCGCCACAAGCCUCUUCAUCGCCAACCUGGCCGUGGCGGACAUCUUCAUCACCCUGCUGAACACACCGUUCACCCUGGUGCGCUUUGUGAACAGUACGUGGGUUUUCGGCAGAGGGAUGUGCCACAUCAGCCGCUUUGUGCAGUAUUGCUCUCUGCAUGUGUCCACACUCACACUCACGGCCAUCGCGCUGGACAGACGGCAGGUGAUCCUGUAUCCUCUGAAGCCGAGGAUGUGCACCGGUCAGGGUGCUGUGUGUAUCGUCUUCAUUUGGCUCAUGGCGAGUUGUUUCUCGCUGCCACACGCCAUCUUCCAGAAACUCUUCACCUUUGUCUACAGUAAGGACAUUGUUCGCUCUCUGUGUGUGCCGGAUUUUCCCGACCCGUCUGAACUGUACCAUCAGUACCUGGACUUGGCGACCUUCAUCCUGCUGUACGUGUUGCCGCUCCUCAUCAUCACGGCGGCGUACUCGGCCGUGGCGCGUCGUCUGUGGCGCCGUAACGCCAUCGGUGACGUCACCAGCGAGCAGUACUUCCUCCAGCGCAGGAAGAGGAAGAGGACCAUCAAGAUGCUGGUGCUGGUGGUUCUGGUGUUCGCCGUGUGCUGGUUCCCGUUAAACUGCUACGUGGUUCUGCUGUCGAGUCACGCCAUCCACUCCAACAACGCCGUGUACUUCAGCUUCCACUGGCUGGCCAUGAGCUCCACCUGCUACAACCCCUUCAUCUACUGCUGGCUCAACCAGAGCUUCAGGGCCGAGCUCACCUACCUACUGAGCAUGUGCAGGAAAGGGCGAGCCAGGGGGCGGGGCAGCAGCGGGCGAGGGGAGGAGCCGGACGAGAGGCCUCCGCCGCUUAACGGCUGUCACAGAGCGGCCUGGCCGGAAAGCCACGCCUCCUCACAGCCGUCCGAUCACAAAGAGAGCCACGCCCUCAGGACCACCUCUCUCGGCCAAUCAGGGAAGACCGAUAUCCUGUCCGUCGAGCCGAUUGUCACCGUCGGCUGAUUACUUUAAUUUAAUACGUUCAUUUAUUGAUUCGUUUUGUCUUUUUUUCCAGAAAAGAGAAAGGGCCACCAGUGCGGGCGAGCUUCAUGACACACGCAUGAGCUCUGAAUAUUGAAUAAUUAUAUUUAUGGAAAAAGCUUACAACAGUGUUUACAAAAUAGAGUUUAUAAAAGUUUUAUAACCUUUGAACUUGUAUUAAUAUAAAAGUAAACUAGGACUUCAUAACACACUCAUGUGCACUUUAAUACUGGAUCGUUUAUGAGCAGAGUACAGCAGUAUUUAUGAGAUGAAACAAUGUUUAUUUUGAUGUUAAAGGAAAAUAAUUUUGUAUUGAUUUAUAGCAUUAUAGAAAGCUUUUAUAAUGUUGGAGAAACGUGGAAAAGUCGUGAUUGAAGCAUAACGUUGGUGGGAAUCUGUGGAAGCGUUGGAGAACUUCACAAAUCUUUCCUUAAAAAAAAAAAAACACUAAAAUUCCUGUGGGAUUCAUCUCUGUCAAAGCGUGUUUCAGCUGUAAUUAUUUCCUGUUCAUUGCUCCGCCCCUCUUGUUUGACGGACAGCCCGUCUUUGCAUCUGUACAUGAUGUGUUUGAUGUAUUGAUUCAUCAUGUGAUUGAUGAUGUCACUUCAGAAAGUGUAUAUAUAUUAUAUAGCAUCCAUAAAGUAUGUUUUUA